AUGGCAAGCCUCGAAAUCGCUUCCAUCUGUUCCAUCAUGCCAGAAAUGAGCCUUGUUGCAGUAUAUCGUAUUUUCAUCACCCUGCUUGCUAUGGCUCCAUUGGUACGCCUGCUCGUGAAUGUCUUCAGGAGCUGGAUACAGUCCAAACGGCACACGCUCGAAAAGACAAAAUCCGAACCCAAGUAUGUCUGCCCGGAAGCAUCCGAAACCUUCCAAGCACCGUCCUCCGACAAUCUGUCGUCUAAAAGUGUGAUUUCUUGGCAGUACCAGCUCCGCGACACCUGUGUGCAACUCAACAUCGGUCUGCUAGGUUUACAGAUGGGCGGUAGUUGGGACCAGGAUCCGGAAUGUAACCGCAUGGCGCCUCUGGCUCAUGGCCUAGAUGGGGUCAGGGUUGGCAGGAAGUCGUAUGACUUUUGCAAUCUCAUUUGGACCUCCCUUCUCGAUAACGACCACUCGGUUGUGGCGGAAAGCGAUAUCCCACCUGGCACUGCCUUGACCCUCAGGGUUGGAUACUUCAGACAACAUGAUGCAAUUCGGCCCCUAUAG